AUGGUGGAACUCGGCGGAGUUGGUUGUUUCUGUUCCCGUCUACUCAUAAUAUCGGCCAUCCUAGUUCUUCUGCCUUCUGGGUCGUUACAGGGCAAGCACGAGCGACGUCUCUUGGACAAAGUAUUGAAAGACUACAACAAGUAUGAGAGGCCUGUGUUGAACGAUUCCGAUCCUCUCACCGUGCAACUCGGCAUGACUCUGCAGCAGAUCAUAGAUUUGGAUGAAAAAAAUCAGAUUUUGACAGUGAAUGUUUGGAUGCGCGUGUACUGGCUGGAUGCCUACAUGGCAUGGGACCCAAAAGAGUAUGGCAACAUCACCGACAUCCGUGUGCCACCCAGUGAGAUAUGGAUACCAGACAUAUUGCUCUAUAACAGCGCCGAUGAAAGAUUUGACGGCACAUAUCCAUCCAACGUCCUCAUUUCCAGCGAUGGUUUGUGUCAGUAUAUUCCGCCGGGGAUUCUGAGUAGCACCUGCAAGAUCGACAUAGAAUAUUUUCCGUUUGACGAGCAGAUGUGUCAGAUGAAGUUUGGAUCAUGGACGUAUAACGGUUUCAAACUCGACCUGCAGAAGCUUUACGAGGAAGGGGACAUAUCCACUUUUACUACAAACGGCGAAUGGGAUUUGAUUGGUGUCCCCGUCGUUCGAAGUGAGUUCACAUAUCCCUGCUGCCCCGAGCCGUACCCGGAUAUCUCGUUCUACAUUCACAUACGUAGAAGAACUUUGUAUUACGGGUUUAACAUGAUCAUUCCCUGUGCUCUGAUGACGGUGAUGGCCAUAACGGGUUUCACAUUACCUCCUGACUCGGGAGAAAAGCUGACACUUGGUAUCACCAUUCUACUAUCCAUGACGGUAUUUUUGCUGCUAAUUGCAGAAACUAUGCCCCCAACGUCCGAAGUGAUUCCACUUGUAGGUAAGUAUUAUGGAUCUACGAUGUUGAUAGUUGGCUUGUCUGUCGUCAUGACGAUCGUCGGAUUGAAUUUCCACUACAGACAUCCUGAUAACAGUGACAUGUCAAACACUACCCGGGCUAUAUUCUUGGAUUGGUUGCCAUGGUUGAUGCGGAUGAAACGCCCCGGAAAGAGCAACAGCAAACCGAAAAUACGUAGACAUGCGCACUCUGCUUAUGACCCCGUCAAAGCCAUUGACCUUGAAAUGAACGACAUAAGGUUAAGGACGCCCCCUAGGAUUGAGAACCGUGAAAGGAUGAUGUACCGUCGCUACAAAUGUAACCAGACAUUGGAAGAGUCCAAACCGAUGGUUAUGAACGAGCCUAUUUGUAAUGGCCAUGUCACCCCUGUUAAAUCCCAGUCGUCCGAGGCGAUACUCAAAGAACUAAAGUUUCUUAGUGAGCACUUUCGAAAAGAAGAAAAACAUGCAGAGGUGAUGUCUGAAUGGCAUUACGCGUGUUUGGUAGUGGACCGGUUGUGUUUGUACCUGUUUCUUGUUGGUACUACGGUUAGCUCGUUUGUCAUUAUUUUCAUCGCGCCGAAUGCGAGAGAGGAUCUUAUAAAGAGUUUGUGA